CACUCUUGGUUUCUACGUUUCAAGCGCUGUCGUUCGGACCAAGCCUCCGAAACCAUCGAGGAAGAAGUAGAAGCAGCACCAGCAACUGCAGCAGGGAGGAAACAGAGAGUAGAGAGAAAAAAGAACCGAAAUUUUCAGUUUUUUCACAGAAGAAAGUAGGUAAAUGACGGCCGAUUUGCAGUUACCUCCAGGCUUCAGAUUCCAUCCGACGGAUGAGGAGUUGGUGAUGCACUACCUUUGCCGUAAAUGCGCGUCUCAGUCCAUCGCGGUUCCGAUUAUCGCAGAGAUUGAUCUCUACAAAUACGAUCCAUGGCAUCUUCCCUGCAUGGCGUUGUAUGGUGAGAAGGAGUGGUAUUUCUUUUCUCCCAGGGACCGAAAGUAUCCAAACGGAUCGAGGCCGAACCGAGCGGCCGGAACCGGGUACUGGAAGGCCACCGGAGCGGACAAGCCCAUAGGGCAGCCGAAACCGAUCGGAAUAAAGAAGGCGUUGGUGUUUUACGCCGGAAAAGCGCCCAGGGGAGAGAAAACCAACUGGAUCAUGCAUGAGUAUCGUCUCGCCGACGUCGAUAGGUCGGCUCGGAAGAAGAACAGCUUAAGACUGGACGACUGGGUUCUGUGCCGAAUCUACAAUAAGAAAGGCAGCAUAGAGAGAAAUAUGUCCGUCGAUAGUCGGAAAUCCAUGCCCGUCCCUUCGUCCACCUGCUCGGAUGUCGAAGAUCAGAAGCCAGACACCGUAUCGUACGGCUGCGAUAUGCUGGCGCUACCGCCAGCAGCGGCGCCGCCGAUCAAUGACAUGAUGUAUUUCGACUCCUCGGAUUCGAUACCGAAACUGCAUGCUGACUCGAGCUGCUCCGAGCACGUGGUGUCACCGGACUUCACGUGCGACAAGGAGGUCGAGAGCGAGCCCAAGUGGAGCGAUUGCGAGAAGGCCCUCGAUUUCCCCUAUAAUUACCUUGAUGCCACUGGCGGUACUGCCGCUGAUAACCCAUUUCCUCUGCUCAAUCAUAAUGUCAACGAGUUCAACCCUUUACAGGACAUGUUCAUGUACCUGCAGAAGCCAUUCUGAAGCGAACGGUCAAGAUCAAAUCUGUGGUGUCCAAGUUACAUUCUUCCUCCGUGGUGCAUGCAAUACCGGAUACUUGCACUGCACACGAGGCUAAAGUCCAUGACUGUGCACGUGCGAAGACAACAACAUGAAAGUCUUAGGAGAGAUGGUUAUAUAGAUGGGUUUUGCUAACUUGUACUGGGGAUUACAUGAAUCAUGUAGAGAUUGAGCGGCAAUGAUUUGGAUGCAGUCGCUUCAAUCGUGCGGUGGAGAUCGGACGUCAAUUGGUUGCCUUUAAUCGGACAGUGAAUAUUAUAUUUUCCCCAGGCUGAUAUAUGUAGUUGUACAAGAUGUACAUACAAUAGACUCUCCUCUCGCUCUCUCUCUUUCUCUCGUCUCUCUUAUUCUUAUGUUUGCAUCAGAUUUUUUUCUGUGCAUGGUGUAGUAAAUUGCAUAAUUAUUAUGGAAAUAAGCUUCAAAUGAAGGAUGGAUUGGAAUA